UGUUUGAAAUAUUGACGUGGCUGUAGGCGGCGCGUGCACGCACAGCUGUCAGCGCCAUCUGACGUCAUGACGCCAUACACGCAUCCGAAAUGGCGGCACAACAACAACACACAGAAGCUCAAGAGGAUGAAGAUGAAGCUUACGAGAUUGUGGAUUUGACCACAUAUGCACGCAGUCAUCAGUGGUGGAGCACUGUGUUUGGGAAUAAUUCUGGCCCGCUCGCUGAGAAGUAUUCUGUGAGCACGCAGAUUAUGAUGGGUGGAGUCAGUGGCUGGUGUGCAGGAUAUCUGUUCCAGCGGGUCGGGAAGAUCGCCGCUACGGCCGUCGGAGGGGGAUUUCUGUUGUUACAGAUAGCCAAUCACAGCGGCUACGUCCAAGUUGACUGGAAGAAAGUGGAGAAAGAUGUGAAUAAAGCGAAGAGACAUCUGAAGAAAAAAGCCAAUAAAUCAACUCCUGAAAUCAAUACAUUCAUUGAGGAGGCUACUGAAUUUUUGAAGAAGAAUGUUGUUCUUUCAAGUGGAUUUAUUGGUGGAUUUCUGCUGGGUCUGGCCUCUUGAGGAUGUGAAAGCACCCAUCAAUGGCCUGCUGCUGAACCUGUGUGGGCCAAUCAGCACAUCUGUGGCUUCUUUACUCACUCUGUAUUUGUGAGUUUAAUGAUGUAAUAGUCCCUUUUGGCUGUGAUUUAAUCGGAUUGUGUACAGGACAGUUGUAACUCUGAAUGUGCUUCAAACAGCAGCAUUAUCUGAGGUGGUUUUCACAUUGGUCACUUUUGCUGCGGUCCGAAUCGGAGCGUGAUGAUUCCCGGCACCCCAUGCAGCGUUGCUGUGGUUUCAGACUCCCGACGCUUUUCCAUCAUCAACUUGCAUCAUCACAAAUGUGCACAUGAUGGAAAGCACAACGCUCACUAUAGUUGUGUUUUUAUUAAUUUUGUGUCACACUUCAGCAGUUGUCCAGGGGAAGGAGACUAUAUCUGUGCUCACAAACAACGGCGCUGGUUCACGCACACUCACAUAUAUAAAAGGCACCUCACAUUUUCUGUCCCGCAUGUUCCCCUGCCACUCAUGAUGCACGUUUGUGCAACUGCUUAAAUCAGUAAAAACACAUGCGCAAGUCAUUUUACAAGUGCAGACCAGAGUACAGGUUGCUUUCUCGCCACAGUUCCAGUGCAACUGAACUCAGACCACCUCCUGAACGAUCCCCAGCCCACAAAACAGCUUUCACAUUACCAACUUCUCAUGCAAACCGUGCUGUUUCGGACUGUUUCAGUGUGAAAGCCCCCUGAGAGAGUCAGUCAACACAACUAGGAUGUUUGUUUGGAUGCUGAUCACCCUUGAAAACAAACAAAUGGAAUAUUGCAUGUAUGUGUCUUGUAUGUUGUUCAAGUUGCUGCUAAUUCAACAGUGUUUUGUAGAACAGUGAUCUCUAUUGUUUCCACUGUACAUCAGGUUGGAGUGUAUGUUCAUUAAUGCACUGCUUCAGUACAGCUACUGUUUACUUUCUACAUAAAAUUACUCUGUGAUCCAGUGUUCUGACAUUACUUUUGACUUUUAUUUUUAUUCAAGCUCAUGUAUUUGAAAUUCACAUUGUUUUUUGGUGUGACUGCUAUUAUAUUUAGAAAUAUCCCUUGUACAUUUCUAUUGGCCUUAAUAAAGUUGGGUUAA